ACUGGGAUGUCAGCGAAAAACUGUCAAACGUUGUCAACGUGCGCCCAGCGUAAAGGGGGAGAUUUCCAUUAUUAUUUUUAUUUUUAAUAAAAAAGCUGCGUUAAAUACUACAAUGUAUUUUGCAUAAUGCAUUUUCCGUGAAUUUGGGGAAGUUUAAUAAAUUUAAAAUACGCACUUCGCAAAGUGCGUGCGUAAAGUGGUAGGAAAUUCUCAUUUUAUAAACUCCAGACAAGGCUAAUGUCGACGGGUAUGGAGUCCAAAUAUUUGUUGACAAGCAAAACUCCGGUAAAGUCUCCGCAUGGCGCCAGUGCGAAGACAAGUGUUAGCAUAUCAAGUUUUCCAAUUAAACGCAAAUUACAAAGUCCCGUGAAUGGAAUUGAAAAUGUUAUAAUUAAAGCGCCUAAAAUAAAUAACGGAAGUGCAACAACUACCUCAAAUGGAAAACCAAACGUCAAUACGCCUACACCUAAUGGUAGUUUUCUACAUCUCAAUGGCAAAGGUGUACCAUCCAAACAACAAUUGGAACAACAACGACAGGCGUUACCUGUAUACAAAGUACGUCAGCGGUUAAUACAAGAAGCGCGACGUUCCGAAACACUAUUACUGAUGGGUGAGACUGGUUCUGGUAAAACUACACAAAUACCACAAUUCCUGUACGAAAGUGGUUUUGCGCAAAAAGGUAUGAUUGGCAUUACACAACCACGACGUGUGGCAGCAAUAACUGUAGCACGCCGUGUUGCGCAAGAACAAGGUUGUCGUCUGGGCGAAACCGUAGGCUACACCGUACGUUUCGAGGAUUGCACUUCACCGCAAACACGUAUAAGAUUCCUAACAGAUGGUUGCUUACUACGUGAAGCCAUUGCUGAUCGUCUGCUGCGCCAAUAUACUGUUUUGGUAUUAGAUGAGGCGCACGAGCGUACGAUAAACACUGACGUACUUUUCGGCAUUGUGAAGGAGGCGCAAAAACAGCGUAGACAACGUGGGUUAACGCCACUUAAAAUUAUAGUUACUUCAGCCACCAUGGAUAUCGAUCAUUUCGGAAAGUAUUUUGGUGUGCGAGGCAUGUACCUUGAGGGUAAAACCUAUCCAGUUAAAGUGAUGCAUGCGAAAGAAAAUCAACCAGAUUACCUUAAUGCUGCGCUUGUGACGCUAUUCCAAUACCAUCGUACAGAUCCAGUCAAUCAUGAUGUGCUGAUUUUCCUCACUGGACAAGAGGAAAUCGAAGCUAUGGCACACCAAAUACGUCAAAUUGCUAAGACAAAUGAUGCUGAAUUAAGUCCCGUACGUGUGUUCCCACUAUAUGCGCAGUUGCCACAGAACAAGCAGUUAGAGUGUUUUCUACCCGCGCACGCGAAUUCACGCAAAAUCGUAUUAGCCACCAACAUCGCUGAAACCUCCGUCACAAUACCGGGCAUAAGGUGUGUUAUAGAUUGCGGCUUUGUUAAACGACGUGUGUACAAUCCAAGCAGCGGCUUAGAUGCGCUGCGUAUUGUACGUGUCUCACAAGCACAGGCGUGGCAACGCUGCGGUCGUGCCGGACGUGAUGCGCCAGGCACUUGCUAUCGCACUUAUACGCAAGCUGAAAUGGAAUCCUUCGAAAAUAUGCCAAAGCCUGAAAUAUUGCGCAGCAAUAUUUGCUCCACUGUGCUGCAAUUGUUGGCACUGGGCAUCGAUUGUCGUACCUUUGACUUUUUGGAUCGGCCAACGCCCGAAGCGGUAGACGAUGCCUAUCGCAAAUUGGAAGCGCUCGGUGCUGUAAGAAACUAUAAAAUCAAGCCAGAACUCACAACGUUGGGUCAGCAAAUGUCACAAUUUCCACUCGAUCCACGUUACAGCAAGUUAUUGCUGUCAGCAUCAUCCUUCGGUUGCAUGGAAGAAAUGCUCAGCUUAGUAGCCGUCUUGUCUGGCGAGAAUGUGUUUGUUUCGAGUAAUGAAAAGCGCGAGCUCGCCACACUUGCGCAUGCGAAAUUCACAUCCAAACAUGGUGACCACUUAACGCUGCUCAAUGUCUUCAGUGCGUUUCUGAAGACCGAGAAAGUUAAGCUCUGGUGCCAUGACAAUUUUCUUAAUACAAGAAAUCUUUCGUAUGCGCGCGAGGUGCGUAAACAACUAGCAGAGAUUGUUGAGCGCCUCGAUUUGCCUUUAAAUAGUUGUGGUAAUAAUCUAGAUCAAGUGCGUAAGUGCCUGCUGAUUGGUCUGUUCGAUAAUAUAGCUGAACUGCAGCGCGACAAUACCUACCUUACGAUAGCGGGGCGUCAGCGUGCGCGCAUACACCCGUCCAGUGUCUUCCAUGGCAAAUAUCGACCGGAAUACGUAAUAUUCACCGAAAUAGUGCUGACCGAACGCAAUUUUCUGCGUCAAGUCACCGAAAUCAAUCCCGAUUGGAUAGCUGAUGUGCUGCCGAAUUAUGCGCAUUUAAAUAGAAUUAAAAGCUCAUUGAAAUAACAUUGAUUGCAUAGCUGCCUACGCAUUAUUUUACACUAUUUUAUACAGUAAAAUUAAGUUAUUUUCUGCGCGUAACUAAAGCAAGGAACUAAUUGUAAAAAAGAAAAUACCUUUUUGGAUGCUGCUACUAGUGAAAUGUAAUAUAAUUAAUUUUAAAUCAAUAAGUAGUAAACGUCGUUUAUUUGCAUAUAUGCAUAUGUAUGCUAAGUAAAGUUUUAAACAGUUCCAGUUUUACCAUAUGAAUACCCCAAUGCAUUUAUUAUUAUUUAAAUAGUGCGCUUUAGCUGAAUAUCUGUAUAUGCAAUUUUAACUUUUUUAAUUAUAUUGAAUUUUUAUUUUGACAGAUCCAAGAAAAAACUGCUAAAUAUGCAAUAAAAUACAUACAAAUAUGAACGCAAACAUGUUUUGUUUGAAAUGAAUAA